GGUAUAUCAUACGUCACCACUCAUCCAAACGUGCAUCUAUAGGCAGGUACGUCUUUCGUAUAAUCAAAAUAAGCUCAAUUAAUUGUGUGUAUGUGAUUUCAUUGCCACUGAUGUUUUACUUUUAUUAUCAAACCCUUUCGAAGUAAAAUAGUCUGAUUUCCCCUCCAGAGAAAUUCCCAAUACUCACCAACUCAUUUGCACGGAUUUAUCUUGUCUUUCGAAGAGAAGCAAGAUAUUUCACCCCUCGAAAUGGCUGAUACGCACCAGUUCGACGUGGGUAAACUCUUUGGAGUUCAGGGCUUUGUGGCCGUGAUCACCGGAGGAGGCACGGGUAUCGGACUCAUGGCCGCACAAGCUCUCUCUGCGAACGGCGCCAAAGUAUACAUCACCGGCCGUCGAAAAGAAGUAUUAGAAAAUGCAGCCAAAAGUCACCAACCAACCAAGGGAGGUGGCCAGAUCAUUCCGAUCGGUCCUUGUGACGUGACCAACAAGGACGACGUAGAGAAGCUAGUUGUGGAUCUCAGCAAAAAGGAGAAGUACAUCAAUCUCCUCGUCUGCAACGCCGGCAUCUCGGGCCCGAAGGCCGAGCCUAAGCACGAAGAGGCCGACGACCUGAAGGCUCAGCUAUGGAAUAACGAAGACCCCGGUGAUUGGCACAACAACUUCAAUACCAAUGUCACCGCGGUGUACUUUACGACGGUGGCCUUCCUCCCUCUUCUACAAGCCGGCAUCCGUCCCAAAGGGCCCCUGGAACCAUACUCUAGCUCCGUUAUUACGAUUUCAUCCAUGUCCGGCAUAAUGCGACACGCCCAGGGCCAUUUCAGUUAUAAUACCGCCAAAGGUGCAACGAUUCAGUUGACGAAGCUCAUGAGUGCCGAGUUCCAGAAGGCUGAGAUUAGAGUCAACUCUAUAGCACCGGGGUACUUCCCUAGCGAGAUGACAGCAAAGAGUAGUGAUGAGAGACAGAAGAGCCAUGUGCCGCCAGAGAAGAUUCAAGACAAGGGGCAUGUUCCACUCAUGAGAGCUGGACGCGAGGAGGAAAUGGGAAUGACUGUGUUGUAUCUUGCCAAGAACCAGUAUGUCAAUGGUGAGAUCAUUGCGGUCGAUGGAGGGGUUCUGAACGUUCUUGCGGGACGAUGAGGGGAUGUAAUGCCUUUCAACAACGUGAUAUUCUGUUAAUUUCACAAUAAUGCUAGAGUAGCUCGGGCAUUAACAAAUAACUAAAGGCAGGUAUUUAAACAAAAUAAAGUAACACAUACCUAGUUUAUUGCAC